AAAAACCAAUUUCUUAGAUCUUCGAGUAAGUGGCCUUCGCAGCCGCCUUACUGGUCACCUUGCGCUCGCUUGCUGUGCCGGCCGCCUCGCCCCCGCCUUGGCCCGCUGAGCUCGCCCUCUCCCCACCCGCAGACAUGUCCGAGGCCAAGAACCGCCCCGAGUACGCCUCCUUUCUCGCGGUCAUGGGCGCCUUGGCCGCCAUGGUCUUCAGCGCCCUGGGAGCUGCCCAUGGCACCGCCAAGAGUGGCACUGGCAUCGCGGCCAUGUCUGUCAUGCGGCCAGAACUGAUCAUCAAGUCCAUCAUCCCAGUGGUCAUGGCUGGUAUCAUCGCCAUCUACGGGCUGGUGGUGGCGGUCCACAUCGCUAAUUCCCUGAGCGACGGCAUCAGUCUCUACAGGAGUUUCCUCCAGCUGGGUGCUGGGCUGAGCGUGGGCUUGAGUGGGCUGGCGACUGGCUUUGUCAUUGGCAUUGUGGGGGACGCUGGUGUGCGUGGCACUGCCCAGCACCCCUGGCUAUUCGUGGGCAUGAUCUUGAUCCUCAUCUUCGCCGAGGUGCUCGGCCUAUACGGUCUCAUUGUUGCCCUCAUCCUUUCCACAAAGUAGCCCCUCUCUGAGCGCA